AUGAUGGCCUCACUCACACUCACACCCGACUCUCGCAUGCAGCGAAGAGAUUCAUCAGACCGAAGCGCCAGCAAGAGAAGACCAAGACUGCUCCGCGCCACUGCUACCGAACCCUCCAUCACCACCUCCAACGCCAGCCGAAAUGCCCUCUGCAGCCAGUCAAACCGAGCGACCGACCUCCUGACCCGUGCCUUCGUUUCUGGCUCUCCUCCGGGAUCUUCUUCACCAAUCUCUGUCCGGCCAUCCAUGUUCGACAGUGUCGACCGUCAGCAAGAGCUAUCCGUCUCGCCUGUCAGUCAGCCCGACUCGUAUGAUGAGCGUCCUUUCUCGGGACGGUACUUCAGCUUCCCCAGCUUCGAUGACUAUGAGGGUAGCCAGCAAGACGACAAGGAGUCCGAGAUCAAGUCCCCUUGA